UCCGACAUCAAGCAGACUUCAAACCUUGUCCCAACGGAACGUCUCAAGAUGACAGGGAUUAUAGUGCUGCUGUUACUUGCCUUUUCUUUCUCUGAAGCGGAGGAGAAUGUUGUAAAUGUGCUCUUCUCCCUGACAGAGAAGGGCCAGGACACCUUGGUGGACACAGCCCAGAACCAGAGCAGGCUGGGGGGCAAAGAGCCCACCCUGCCCAUCAACGAACUCCUGGAGAAGAGCAGCAGGGCUGGGGACCCCAAAUACGCCCUCCACCCCUUACCUCCGGGUGUCUGGCCCAAGCACACCGAUCUGGUCCCCAUCCCUCGCCCCGGGCCCCACAACAAGAGCAAGAAGGGCCCCAAGAGUGACCGCCUGACCGAGCACAACAGUGAGAAAGUGCGCAGCGAGAUGGGGCUGCUUCCCAAGACCACUCUGACCACCGGCACGACUGACCGCGUUCAGAGGAUCAACGCGGACCCUAGUUCUAACAACCCGCCUCCGCAAAGUGACCCUGAAAGCCACCCCAACUCCAGACCCCGGGGUCAACCUCAAGCCCACCCGUACCCGGCCCCUGCCCCGCGCAGGGACCCCCCAAACAGGAAGCUGGACCCUGAAGAGAACCGCCCAGGGAAGUCCAGUAUCUAUCAAUCAGGAGUCGGCGCCAACAGGAACGCAAGCCGUCCGUCCAUACUCUUCAACCGCCAUUCCUCCAGUCUUCUCCAUCAAUUUGACAUCUUAAAACGAGAAUCCGACUACACACACGACGCCGUUUGCAUGAGCGAGUGCCGAAAGGAGAAGGAGGAGAGAGACUACUACUGCUUCAGUGAAUUUGCCAUCAACGGGAUCGUCCACGACAUCGACGUGGUGCGUAAAGGGAUCCGGAUGAUCACUCUGAUGGUGAGCAGCGACGGCUUCUACAGGAUGAGUCGUCUCUACGUGACCCCCGACAGCUUCUUCUUCAAGGUGCGCCUCCUGGUGCUGGACACCUACAAGUGCAGCAAGCCCUGCCCCGACCUCAAACUGGGGAGCAGAUAUAUUUUAAUGGGGCAGAUCUACCACCGGAGACGCCACCUCCCUAACGACCUGCUGGCCCUGCUGGGGGGUAAACUGAAGCCUGGUGAUGGGCUUCUGCGAAGCAACAACUACGUCAAGAGGUUCAACAAGAGGAGACACCAGAAAGCCUUGGAGGCCACACGCUCCAGGUGUAGGUGAAGCAGACACAGACUAUGGCCCCCUACUGCAGGGGAGGAGACUUUGCAGUCGCUGACGUGAAAGCAUUAUUUUAUUUUAACCAACCCUACAGUAUGAGAGGAAAAUGCGGUCGUUUUGGAUGAGGAGGGAAACGAUUUUUCGGCGUGGACUGGACCUAGAUUUGUUUGUUUGUCUUAUAAUCUAGGUUGAGGGGGUGCCAUUUUUACUUGUUUGUACAGUUAUCUUAGUGUUUCUGGGGCUUGUUCUCUUUGACAGAGGGCUGAAGGUCUCCGAUGUUCUGAACACACUGAUAGAUUAUUGAUCUUUUUCAUCAACCCCACCGAUUGUUACUAAAUAUGACAGACAUCACAGCACUUACUUUACGGCACCUAAAAUGGGCAUUUUCAUGGGCGUUCUGCUCAUGUCUGGUACAUGAAUCAGCAUGACCUGACCUCAGUGGUUUGUUAAUUCAGGUAUAUUUUAGUGUUAGUGUCUCCUCUAAAAGAACACACUCUCACAGGCCUGUUUGGGUUGUACUAGCGGCCAGUGGAAUAGUGUUGUAAGUGUGUGAAAACCAGCCCAUAUGUGCCUUGAGUGACACAGAGGCUGUUGGUUCCAAUCUUUCUUAGUCAGUCUAGCAUACACACACACACACACACACUUGCACAAGGCUCUAACCAUUCAAAUUCACUUGGUCCUUACUGGAAGGAUAACUGCCAGAAAAGCAGAGUGGAAUAUUGGUUAUUCCUUCUGUAGAACCUAAUAGUGUGGUUGGGGAAUGUCUGAGACUGUAUUCAUUAUAUCACUGUCAUUAACAUGCGCUCACUAUUUAUGCCUGUAAAAGCUGCUUCAUCUUCAUACAAUGUUUUUUU